AUGGCAGGCACGUCGCUCUUUCGAGUUGGGGACAACGUCGAGCUGUGGCGUGUUUUACUACAUCUGAGCGUACUGGUGGUGUGUCUGCUGCUAUUUGAGCGUCUGCUUCACCGUUUGGAACGACAUGCUGCCGUCUCGACCAAGUAUCAGCAGCUGCUGAGCAAAGCGUAUCGCGAGUUAAUGAUCCUCGGGCUCAUCGGACUCGGCCUUAAAGUGAUCAAGGAAUUAUCUAGUGUCGACGGCAACAGUGCAGCCAUGACAGCCUUUCAGGUCGCAGACUUGACCAUUUUCAUCCUAGCGCUGGCCCUCAUCUUGCAGGCUGUCUGCAUCUUCCUCGUUCUGCGAAGACACAACGUCCAAGCAGACCGAGCGGAGCAUGUUUCCACCGAGGACUUGGCACUGUCGUCGUCAACUAAAGAGACACAGGAGCUUGUUCACUUGCGCUUGUUGCGCCAUAUGUUUCUCACUCGCUUCGAGUUGCCGCAACUCUUUCCAUUUGCCAAGUACCUUCGGCAGGCGCAAAACAACCAGAUCACCCACAUGACCGAGGUGGGUGCACCAAUGUGGGUUCUUCUACUCAGCGUCGCUUGGGUUCUGGAGGGAAUCACAAUGGCCUUAACUUAUGGCGAGCCAAGGCUAGCAAGGCGUCGUGGCCUUGUCCUUGUGCUGAUAGGCUUUUCGUGGGCGCUACUGGUGUUACAUGUCGUAGUUUUCGCUUACUUCCGAUCGUGCGUACAGAAGCUACUUAAGGCUGCUGGACUGUCGACUGACCAAUCCACGUUAGCGAGUCGCCUCCGAGCCAUUGCACGCGAAGAAGCACGAGCCUGGACCCAAGAGGAUGCAGGCAAAGCUCUCUUGGCCAUGCAAAAGUCCGAGUCCACUCCGGGGAUCGACAUUCGCUGGUUUUCUCGAGAGUCGUGGCACUUCACAGUGAUGAUGCUUUUGAUGCUCAAUGGCUUCUAUCUGGCGCUGGUGGUGCAGUGUGUGGUGUACCAAAUCAAGGCUGUUUACGGCGACUUAGGACUUGUAGAGGUGCUCGUUAUCCCACUGUCUCUAGCUCUGAAUACUCUGGUGUUGCAGCCACAAAUAUUCCGGAGCUUUGUCUUGGUCAGCAGCAUUUUUAGUGUGGAUGACACAACGUUGAGUGAGGUUGUGACCCAUUUCCGGGAAAUCGUCGAGCUGCGUUCGGAAUUUGCACUGCUGUUGCGCGAAAAUAUGCAACUGCAAAAAAUGUCAAUUGGAGAUUUGCACGAGGAAUUACAGUGUCAUGAUGAAACCCGAAGUGGGUUUAUUGAUAUGGAGAAGAUGCGAAUAGUGUUGCGAGUCUGUGGCUUGCAUCUGUCGAGCUUUAGAUUCAGCAGCGUUGCCAGACUCUUGUUCGAGCUGAAGGGGAUGCAAAUCGAGUACGCCCAGCUUCUCAAGCUGGUUGCUAUCGCACAGAGUGAUGAUCUUAGCAAGAGACGACGAAGAGGACGACGGGACCACUGCUAA